AUGGAUGAUGAGAUAGGAUGGCAUCAGUCUUUCUGGCUUCUUCUCGCCUUCGGAAUUGCUUGCUGGACCUGCCUCUUCUUCUUCCUACCCGAAACCUGCCAAAAUACCGUAAACGAUAGCAUUGAGAUGGAACGAAAAGUCAGCUGGCCGGUAUCGUCAGCCCUAGUUCCCGACGACAAAGCGGUGGCCGCGCCGGACACCCAAGCGCUUGUCCCAUCAACACAUGCCUUCCUGAAUCCUUUUCGGGAGCUGAAGAUUAUUUUCCGACGGCUAGAUGCGCUCAUACUUGCGGGAAACGCCUUGGUUCAUCUCAGCUUCACGUGUAUCCAGGACUCGCUCGCUCACCUGGCCAUGGAGAAGUACAAGCUGAAUGGAUUGCAAGCGGGCCUGUGCUACGUGCCGUAUGGCUUGGCCGUAUUCAUAUCUGCAUACGCAGUUGGAAAGAUCAUUGAUCAUGACUACACCGCCGUGGCGAGGUCUCAUGGCAUCUCCAUCAGCGAUUUUGUCGGACACAACUUUGCGAGCUUCCCGAUUGAACGUGCCCGACUCCGAACUGUAUGGUAUCUGUUCCCACUGGUAAUCGCUUCAACGGUGUUUUACGGCUGGGCGGUUGAGUACAAGAUAAACCUGGGCCUUAUCAUGAUCACGCAAUUCAUCUGUUGUCUCGCGUCGACGGGCAUUAGCAACACUUGCCUCACAUUGUACAUGGACCUCCAUCCAAGAAAUCCCGGGGUUGCGAGUAUAGCAAUGAACCUAGUCAGAUCCCUUGCGGCCGCGGCCGGUGUUGCUGUCGUCCAGCUACUCGUGGAAGAGUUCGGGACAGGUUGGACUUUCACCGCAUAUGGGGCCACCUGCUUUGCCUCUGUUCCGAUGCUACUAGCAGUCAGGGCUUGGGGGCCGAGAUGGCGGGAGGCAGGUAGUCGAAUGGGUAGUGGGCAAAGAGGUUAUUAG